AAAAUUUAUUGGCGGCUUUAAGUGUAAUAAAAUAAGUGAUAAUUAUUAUUAAAUUAAUUAAUAAUUAUUGUGCGUAAUGACUUGGGGGUUUGUGACGUGUGGCCCUAAUGAGGCCUUAGUGAUAUCGGGAUGUUGCUAUUCGAAACCACUUCUGGUUCCUGGAGGAAGAGCCUUUGUUUGGCCCUCUAUUCAAAGAGUACAACGGAUUUCUCUAAACACAAUGACUCUUCAAGUAGACUCUCCUACCGUCUACACCAGCCAAGGUGUUCCAAUCUCAGUCACCGGAAUAGCGCAAGUGAAAAUUCAGGGACAAAAUGAGGAAAUGCUCAGUGCGGCUUGCGAACAAUUUUUGGGAAAACGAGAAUCAGAAAUACAACACAUAGCUCUUGUUACCUUAGAAGGGCAUCAAAGAGCUAUAAUGGGCUCUAUGACUGUGGAGGAAAUUUAUAAAGAUAGAAAAAAGUUCAGUAAACAAGUUUUUGAGGUAGCGUCUUCAGAUUUAGUCAAUAUGGGGAUUACUGUUGUAUCAUAUACGCUGAAGGAUAUUCGUGAUGAAGAGGGUGCAAAGGGUUACCUAAAAUCCCUUGGUAUGGCGCGUACGGCGGAGGUGAAACGGGAUGCCCGAAUUGGUGAGGCGGAAGCACGAUGUGAUGCCCAAAUUAAAGAAGCCAUCGCCGAGGAACAAAGAAUGGCUUCGAGAUUUUUAAAUGAUACCGAAAUAGCAAAAGCCCAGAGAGAUUUCGAACUUAAAAAGGCCGCUUAUGAUGUCGAAGUCCAAACGAAAAAGGCUGAAGCCGAGAUGGCAUACGAGUUACAAGCAGCGAAAACGAAACAACGAAUCAAGGAGGAACAAAUGCAAAUUAAAGUAGUCGAACGCACUCAAGAGAUCCUGGUGCAGGACCAGGAAAUGCAGCGAAGGGAAAGAGAAUUGGAGGCCACGGUCAGAAGACCAGCUGAGGCUGAAAAGUAUAGGCUGGAGAAAAUUGCUGAGGCUAAUAGGAAACGAGUUAUCUUGGAGGCGGAGGCAGAAGCAGAAGCUGUUAAGGUUCGUGGUGAAGCAGAAGCUUUUGCAAUUGCAGCCAAAGCCAAAGCAGAGGCUGAGCAAAUGUCCAAGAAGGCAGAGGCUUGGAAGGAAUACAAAGAGGCUGCUAUGGUUGACAUGCUUAUGCAAACUUUGCCUAAGAUCGCGGCGGAAGUUGCAGCUCCAUUAUCUCAAGCAAAGAAAAUCACGAUGGUGUCUUCAGGUGCUGGUGAUGUAGGAGCAUCUAAAUUGACUGGUGAAGUGUUGACAAUCGUUAGCAAAAUGCCAGAGCUUGUUAAAAGCAUGACGGGAGUUGAUAUUUCUCGCACAGUUAACGCAGGAUAAAGUUGGGGACACCGGUAAAUAAACAAACUACGUUGAUUUAAAAAUACGAAUGCUGCCAUUUAAAACUAUAUUCUAUAUAAAAAAUGCCAAUUCAAUGAUACUUGGCAUAAAUAAUUUCACAAGACACCAUUUAAGGAACUUAAUCUUAUUAUUCACAUUUUAGCAACUGUAUCGUAACAUUUCUUGUUUUGUGUUAGAGUUCAAAUACAUGA